AUGGAGGAAACAAGUUGCAUUCCAGCCUAUAAAAACAUAAAUGUCGACGAGUUGUACAGACAACACGAAGACUAUGCAUUUGUUAAUGAUAUAAUAGCCAAACCAUUUUUUUAUGACCCGUAUUUUAAGCAAGAGCCUAUGGGACCUUAUAUUAAGGAAUAUUAUCAGAGUUAUAAAUCCAAUACGACUAUGAAGAAUUCUGUAUAUUCACCAGUUAUUAUGUCACAACAAAAAUUAAAUAGGCAAUGCAAUCCAUUUGUAUCGUAUCCAUACGGUGUUCCCGUGGGUAUAGAAUAUCAAAUAUGUUCCAAAUGUAAAUGUAAAAAAAGUAACAGAACUAAAAAGAAUGAAGAUAAAAACGAUCAGAAGAACCAAACAUCAAAGAAAAGUUUCGAAAAUAAUUCCAUACUUUCAGUUUCAAAUUCAUACGAUGAGAACAUUACCAAUACUCAUACAUAUGCUAAUAAAGAAUGCUGUUUUGAUACAUUUGACGAAAUAUCUAUUACAAAAUUUUCAAUGGAAAGCGGUGACAUGAUACCACUUGGAAUUAAUAAUCAUGAAAAAUUCCUCUCAAAUAACUUGGAAACAAUAUAUUUGGAGGAAUCUAAAGAAAGCAAAGAUCAUAAAAAAUUUCUAGAUAUACGUGACGAAAGUACUGUCAAAAAAAGUGACAAUCUAUUUGAAAUUUGUGAUCAUGAUUACAGAUUGAAGUAUUAUCCUAAUAGUAAUGAAAAUGGAUAUACACUCCCAAAGGAAGAAAUCGAAACAAAUUAUAAGAAAGAAAUUCCAAAGUACAAUAAUAUUCAUUUCAAUAGUAAUGAUCACAAUAAAUAUAGCCUAAAUGAAAAAUAUUUUAACACAGACAAUUCCGAUUUGGAAAAGUAUUCUUUUCCAUAUACACCAGAAAAAAGAAAUGCAAAACAACAAAAUGAUACUCAAAGAAGUAUAAAUGAAAAACAACAAAAUGAUAGUCAAAGAAUUAGAAGUGAAAAACAACAAAAUGAUACUCAAAGAAGUAGGAGUGAAAAACACAUAGACAAACAUAAUGAUAGUGAAAAAAGGCAUCAAAUUAAUGAAGAAAAAAUAAAGAAUAAAAAAAGUAAAGAAUGUGAAAUAAUAAAAAAAAAUCGGGACACUAUAGAUGAUGAUACGAAUGAAAAUUUUAGUUCAGAACAAAUAAAAACAUCAAAUAUUAAAGAAACAAGUACAAUGAAUAAUUUAAAGCAAGGGGGAAAUCCAAAAUACUCUACAAAACAGGUCAAAAUAUGUGAAGAUGAAAACAUUUUAAAUAAAUACAGUGUUAUAAAUAGUUUAAAAAAAAAAACAGUGUCAAAAGAAAAUAUAAAACAAAUACAAAAAAAUUCACAUGAUAUUCAAGAAAAUGAAAUAAAUAAAAAUGUGGAAUCUUAUGGUAGGGUUUGUAAAUUUAAUAAUUCUAAAAAUGAAAUUCCAAAAAAAGGUGUCAUAACAAUAAAAAAGGGUAAAGUAGGACAUAUUAGAAAUGAGACAUCUUUGGUGAAUGAAAAUUAUAAUAAAAAUUCUCAUUCUUCGUCAAAAAAAAUGCCAAUGAAACAUAGAAAAUCUUUUAUUGAAAAAGAUAAUACUAUAAUAAAAAAGAAAGGUGAUAAAAAAGAACUUAAUCAUGGAAGAUCAAAAUUAGCUAUUUCUAGAACCAAAUCACUUAAAGUAAAAAGAGGUGGUACUAUAAGUUUUCCACCAAAAAAUUCUAGUUUAUUUCAAAGAAAAAAAAGCAUUUUGAGUAAACAGAAAUCUAUGAUGGAAACACCAUUUAAAAAACAAAACACUAUGUCGUUAAAAAGAAAAAAAACAUUAUCCAAAUUAAAUUCUACAAAGCAACCAUACAAAAUUUUCUUAAACAAAAAAAAAGUUAUAUGCACACAAAAAAGUACUCAUGGAUUAGAUAAUAAGAAAAAUAAAAAUUUGGAACCCAAUUCUAAAAAAAUGCUUUCAAGAUCAAAAACAAAGGUUUAUGUUGAUAAUGAUACGAAAGUUUUCAAAAAAGUUGAUGUUAAAAUGGUUUCAAAAAAUAUAUUCAAUCCAAAUUUAUCUAUAGAAACUUACAAUAAUAGUGGAACUGAUAAUAAAAAAGGAGACAGUGUUGUUUCUCAAAAUACGUUGAAUGAUAAAUUAGACAAUAAUUUGAAUAAGGUUGAUAGUAUAUCGUCAAAAAAUAGAGGAGAAAAUGGAAUCAUAAAAAAAAAACUAGAUAAUUCUAACGUAAACAAGAUGAGUAACAUCUCUAUGAGAAAUAGGUUAGACACUAAUUCCAUCAGAAAUAAAGUAAAGAAUAAGAAAAAAGAAUUAUUUGACAACAUUAUAUCUUUAACUAAAAACAUGAAAGAUCAGCCAUUAAAAAAGAAAUACAACGAUAAUAUAGACCCAAGGGAUUUGCUAUCCUUAGAAUCUAACAAUAGUUCCGAUACACAUUUUUAA